GUUCUCUACCUGCCCAGGUUUGCCUAGGGCGUGGCAGUUGCGGAUAAAGGCAGGACUCAAGCUUAGCAGCCGCAUUCUCUGCCCUCUCUCCCGGAACUUUCCAAAGAGCCUGGGGAGCCACACAGGCAGCUGGCUGACAUGCUGGAGGCGACCCUGAUCCUGCUCAUCCUCCUGGCGGGCCUGCCUGUCUUGGAUGCCAACGACCCAGAAGAUAAAAACAGCCCUUUCUACUAUGACUGGCACAGACUCCGGAUCGGCGGGCUCAUCUGCGCCGCCGUUCUGUGCGCUAUCGGCAUCAUCGUCCUCAUGAGUGAGUGGGAUACUGGUGGCUGAGCUGGCAGGGCAGGGCUGUGGGCCCCUCCCCCAACCAUCCCUUCUCCCCCAACAGGUGGGAAAUGCAAAUGCAAGUUCAGCCAGAAGCCCAGCCACCAUCCAGGGGAUGCCCCACCUCUCAUCACUCCAGGCUCCGCCCAGAACUGUUGAGGAUGGAUCAGCUGAAAGAAUACAGAGGUCCCUUCUCUCCCUCCAAGUCCCAGCUCUGCACAGGAGCCUGGACUCAAGGAUGGAAUUCUCCCUCCUCUUCUCAGACCACCUUGCCACAGCCUCACCUUACCUCUUACCGGAGGGGUCUUUUUUAUUCAAUUUUUAUUCUAAAAAUUGAUCUUGCCUCCUUAUUCUUAUUCUAAAAAUUGAUUAGCCCAA